AAUACACAAGAGAAAUAUCAACAGGAGAGUGGCGGUGAAAUGGCGGUUCGCUUGAAAUGGGUUGUGUUGCUAAUGUAAUGGAUGUUAGUCUAGGUCUAUAUUAACAUAUAUUGGUUUUCACUUGCGUAGCAUGUCAUUUAAGCCAUCUAGAGUGUAUGCAUCUUUCUUAGAUGAUCCAAAUACACAGUGUAGUGACUUGGAAAGCAGCAAUAGGGUUAGGCCUAGGCCGAGAUUAAGUGAAAUUGAGGUUACAGCCACCGCAGAGGCCAGCCAGGCACCGAAUCGAGCUGUUAUUACCGUGAUAGUCUCCAGCCAAAAACAGAUCGUUGCCGACGCUAAAAACAGUGUAGCAAGACGAACCGAUUAUAUUCUUCAAACUCUUCAUACAUUUCAAGUAAAGGAAGGAGAUGUUGCAAGAACAGAUUCAUUAAGGAGAAAGGACGGACUCUAUGUAAUGCAUACUGAGCUAUUGGUUACGUUCAUCGAUUUAGAGAAGUGCUUGGCAGUUACAAAUUUACUCGUAGAGAAGUUGGAUGAAUCAGUUGUUGUACAGCAACCUGAAUUCCAUCAUACACCACAGAGCAUUGAGGAGUUAAGGAAACAAGUCUGUAUGCAUGCUGUCGCCAACUGUCGUCAGAAGGCUGCUGAUAUCGGUAUCCUCCUCGGUCAAAUUGUCGGACAACCCAGUAGGAUCACAGAGGAGUAUAUAAAGGAAUGGGAAGGCCCAUCUGGAUCCGCAAUACCUCUUCCAGUUGAGGGUCUAGGAGAAUCAUUCACAACACAGCAAAGAAUUGCAAAUACUACUGUACAUGUAAAAGCUAAGGUGAAGAUAAGCUUUGAUAUGAUACCAAAGGGAAAGACUAAACAACCUGCAAGGUAGCAGAGAGCUGACAUAUAUUGACCAGCAAAAUUGGUAUUCCAAGUAUUUAUUAAUAUUGUACAGUACUGUUUAGUUGAAAUAAAAUAGACCACCGGUAUGAUGCCAA